AUGAUUAAAAGGAAAUACAAUUUCAAGUACUGUUGUGAUGACAUCUGCGUAUUCCCUAGUAGCACAUGGCUCAGCGGCACCUGGGAAAAAUUCAGGCCCAGUUUCGGCUUAACGGCCAUUUCGACCUACCAGCUAAAGGUGUCCGCGGGGGAGACUCACCAGGGAGAACAGAAAAAGAAGGGGAAGGUGUACCUGUACAGACUGGAAGAAGACACCGCCGACGAUGGAGAAAGAUCCGAAAUGACCCCCCUCUUGAAGUACCACAGUGAUAUAAACUUCCGUAGCGGCGUCCUCCAGUCGAGCUACCUGUUCAGCCAGGACAGCCUCUUAUUGGGUAGCGUCUGCGUUAACGGUUUUCACUUGGCCCACGUGAAGGACGGAAGUCACCACCUUCUUUUUGCAACGCCAGAUGAAAGAAACAAUUCGGGCCUUUCCUUUGAUGCCUUUGAUGGAUCCCCUGAAAAAGUUUUCGUUACGUUUAGCAAUGGGGAUGUGUCUCUCCUCCUGGAUGGAAAGGGCACUCAACUAUGGAAGGCCCAUGAGUACCACGUGUGGACGUGCACAUUUAACGGAAGUGAAAACGUAGUGACAACAGGAUCUGACGAUUGCUCCUUUGCGAUUUGGGACCUCAGAACGACAACAAGACCGUCAGCAAGGAAUAUAAAGUCCCACUCGCAAGGAGUCACGGUGGUCAAAUUCGACAGGUUCCGUCAGCACCUAUACACGGCAUCGUACGACAACAAGAUUCGCAUCUUCGACACUCGAAACGUGCAAGACCCCCUGCAAGCAGUCGACGUGAAGUCCAGCAUAUGGCGACUUAAGUUUUUGUACAAGGGCACGGACGUGAACGAACUACUAGUUGCGGCCUGCGACGGCGGGGCUCAGUUAUUCAAGAAGAUCAACGACGAAUUCAUUUUUGAUAAGGGAAUCCCUAAUGGUAACGAACUGACCUACGGAAUUGACGCCAUUGACUUUGCCGAUGUGGGAAAGGAAAAGAAAAAAAUUUAUCUGUCUUGCUCCUUUUACAAUAAGGAAGUCCAAAUAUGGGUUUAG